AUGAUGCCAUUGUGGAGACAGGGCUCCAACUUCCGCCCUCAAGCAUCUUCCACUGCUGCUGAAGAGUUCCCAGGAUUCGUCACCAGGAUGCAUAGCCUUCUUUCAGGCUCCAGGAAGAGUUGGCAUGCUCCUAAGCAACACAUCUCCAGCAGAGCCAUCAAGAUUGAAGCAGAGCAAAUGACUCCUCAACCUGGGAUCCUAGAGGUUCAGGGGGAGAUGAGAGAUAUCAAAGCAAAGCUGUUGGCCUUAGAGAGGGCCGGUAACGGUUCACACUACUACAACUCCCCACUGGAAGAUGUUGUAAGUGUUCUGAUGGUGAAGAACUGGAGCCUGGAGGACCAGGUUCAAGAACUAAGUCAUGAAAAACAGCUGAAGUUUCUGAGGCAAGAGGAGGAAGAGCUUCAGACCACAAUCGACCAAACGACAGCAGAGCUUGUGGCUUUUCGUGAGUUGAAGCAGGCGGCGGAAGAGCGAGCAGCAGUUUUAGAGGCUGAACUGGGCAGGGCGAAGCCGGAGCUUGAAGCAGCUGUUGCGGCAAGAGCAGAGUUGGCUACGAAAAUUCUGGCUCUUCAGAGCAAGAAUGUGGAGCUGACCAAGGCUCUCAAGUGUGCGGAGUCCAGGUCGGUGGAUGUGAUGUUCAGGAAGAAGGUCGUAAUGGGAGCAGGGGGUUCUCCAGAGCGGAGCGAGGGUUUGCGGGCACGGGUGACUUCUUUGGAGAGAGAGAACGAGACGCUCAAAAAGGUUGUGGAGGAGAAGCAGCGUGCGGUGGAGCAGGGCAUGCGAGAAGUGCAUAGGGUCCACAAUGAGAGGGACACGCUGAAAAGAGUGCUCCUAGCAAUUGAUGCAGAGAAGACGGACCUAGAGGGAAGUGUCAGGGCGCUGACGAGAGGGCUUUGGGAAGGGAGAGUAGUUGGAGGAAUAAAUGGGGUCCAGGGAGGGGCCACCACUGCGCAGGAAAGCGGGCAGCAGGGCGGUAUGCUGGAGGAGCUGACAGAAGCGAUCACCUGGCUAAAGUAUGCCGUAGCCGCAGCAGAGGCGAGAGCGAAGGAGAGUGAGGGCCGUGCAGAAGAACUGUUGGGGGCCGUCCUCCCUCGCCUGGCCGCUGUGGAAGCCUGCUCUGAGAAACCGGUGGAAGAUACCGAGAAAGCUGUUGCGGAGCCCUUGGAGCUGAAGGGGGAGUGUGAGGAGGGAUGCGAACGCCUGCGGGGUGACUUGGAAGAAGCCAUGGCGGAGAUGGCGCUGGUGAAGCAAGUGUCAAAGGCCAUGGGGAGUGCUCUGAUCACAGCCCGGGCGGAGGCGCAGGAGCGGGCCCUGGUCUCUGCUCGGCUGAUGCAGCAUUGCCGCAGCUUUCUUCCGCUGGCGCAGACGUGCCUAGAUUUUGUGUCCAGCCCGCAGUGCGUUGUCCUGGGCUGCGGAGCGUGCUCUGAGUUGGUGGAGCUGAAGCAACGUCUCUGGCAGCAACUGCAGCAGUUGUUGGGUGGGGUGCCUAGUGGGGGAGCUCAGGGCAGGGGGGCCGCACAGGUUGUCGCAAGUGGGGGCGGUGUGCCCAGGAAGAGAAAGGCGGGUCAGGAGGCGUUGCCUGCCGCAGCUGCAUGCGGGCUUGGCGGUACGCGGCAGCAUGCUCGCCAGCGGCAGUUGGUACACGGUCUGAUGGGAGAACAGGGUGACGGAGCGAAUGAAGCAGGCGCGGCGCAACAACUGCGGCAGAAGAGACGGCGCACGGCGAGAACGGAGGAUGGGCUAAAUGCUGCUGGGCCUGGGGGGCAGUGA